AGCCUAUCCAGAAGCCGCCGGACAAGAGACGCCACCCUUCCUCGAUGACCCGACAACAUUAGAGCUCUAUGCCGGCUGCGGUGGCACAGCUCGAGGUUUCGAAGACGCUGGGUUCUGUGGUUUAGCUGGGGUAGAGAGAGAUGUAUUCGCAGCUCUUAGCUACGAGGCCAACUUUCCGCAUAUUAAAGUGUAUCAUGAGAAUGUGGAAACGUUCAUAGACGACAUCGAGACUGAAAAAAUUCAAUGGAAGCGCAGCGUCGCAGUGCUACUGGCCAGUCCGCCCUGUCAACCGUUCAGCAACGCAAAACGCAAACCUGGAAAAGAUGACGCAGAAAAUGAAGCGCAGCUUCAGACCGUCCUGCGCGCUAUCAAACACUUCCGUCCUCCCUAUGCGUGCAUCGAGAAUGUCGCUACCAUUCUCGCAACAAGAUACCGGCCUCAGUUUGGUGCCAUGCUUCGCGGUUUCCUUGAACAGGGUGACUCCGUGAAGUAUAUGACGCUCAACGCUGCCAAGUUCGGAGUAGGCUCCGAGCGCCCUAGAUUCGCUCUGUAUGUUGUGCGCCGGGGUCUCCCCUUACCAGCAUCUCCCAUACCGACGCACUAUUCUCCGCGCCGUGAGAGGGAGAACGAAGAGGUGAAAGGGCUGUUGCCGUUCGUAACUGUCAGGGACGCUAUUGGGGACCUGCAAUGGCGUAACCCUCGUGUCAAAAUCCAACGGACUGAUCAGCUUGGCAUACACUGCGAUGUCCCGAAGGACGGAGGACAACCUCAGCCAACCGAUUACGCGCUUUCGCUUGGCGCCCAAACAUCUGGUUCAGUCACUCAUCAUCGAACAGGAAAGCCAGCGAAUCCGACCUGGGACAGAAAACGGGCCAUAGGGAGCUACGAUGAGCCACUCGGCACUAUUCUGACGGUUCCUAACGGGAACUGGCCCUGCUGCCAUCCUUUGUAUGAGAAUGAGAUCAUGUCCCCGAGGGAACUCGCACGGAUCUCGUCUUUUCCUGACAAUCAUCGAUUCGCUGGACCUCCGAGCAAGCAGUACAAACAAAUAGGCAACGCUGUUCCACCGCUACUCGCCAAGGUCAUCGCAUUGCAGAUUCGUAAAUGUCUCGAAGAAUCAUACCCUCACAUGCGCUUCGCCCCCAUCCGAGAAUCUCACCGCAACAUAGCGGAUCUCAAGACCCUAGAGCAAGCUGCACUCGCUGGAGUCAGUGUACAAGGUGUCCCCCAUGAUGCAGCUCGCGAGGGUCGAAUUGGACGGUUUCUGUCUCGUCCACUUGGGGAGGUUGAUGGUACAUCCGAAGAUGAGAGACCUUCGAAAAAGACUCGUAUUGGAGUUGACUAGGUAUCCCUUUGGUAGCUGGGUUCACAACAAGCUGUCGUUUGUCCCUCAUAUUUUCGAAUU